CACCAUGUCCCGCCAAUCUCGACAACUUCUCCGUGGUGAGAUCACACUCGAGAGUGCUCAAGACAAGGAAAGCAAUAUCCUACAUCAACUUAGAUAUGUUCGCCAACGGGAUGAGUUCUUUUCGUUUCUUGAAGACCAUGUAGAGUGGAUUCGUGAAGUUGUCGCGCACCAUUUCAAUAUGUCACCAUCCACUGUUAAUAUUGCGCAUCGAGAUCAAUGGCUAAAUGGAAGCUUUAACUAUCAAGUCCUAUUCCGCAUCCCUUUACCCUAUCGCGUUGGUGAAAGAAUCAAGCCUGGAAAUGCAGAUGAAAAGAUCCGAUGUGAAGCUGGUACUUAUGCAUGGCUCGAAGACUAUUGCCCUAACAUACCUAUUCCAAAGCUAUAUGGCUUUGGGAUAUCAACCGGCGUGACUGUAUAUUUAAGACCCUGCUAG